AUGUCCUACGGGCUCCUGGGGACCCUCCUGCUCCUCCUGCCAGAAAAUCCACCUCAAAACUGCUCCCCUCCUGCAGGACCCACCUUGGCAGAGGUGAGACACGUGCAGCAAAGCCCCGGGCAGCUCUGGGUGCUCCCUGGAGAGACGGCAGAGCUGAGCUGUCGCGUCUUGGACCACAGCCAGUACGUGAACUGGUACAAGGAGAGGCCGGACGGCAGUUUGUACUGGAUUUACCGGAACUUGAACUACCCCUCUUCGGCGGGAAAAUACUCUGGGAGGAGUGAAACAUGGGGGAGUUUUUCCUUCACCAUCAGCUCCGUGCAGAGGGAGGAUUCCGGGGUUUAUUAUUGCAGCUCCUCCAACUUCUACACCCUCUUUGGGGAUAGGACCAGGCUUGUCGUCACCAAUGCCUCUGAGCCCAAGCUCUCCAUCCUGGUGCCCAUCGAUGCAGAGGAGCCCGGACAGCCCCUGGCCAGCAUCCCCCUGCUCUGCCACCUCCACGACCUCCCUCCGGGCUGGGACACCGUGCGCUGGCAGCCCGGUGGGGAGGUGACACCGGUGACAGCAGCCACCGUGGACAAGCAUGGCAUCCUCAGCGCCUGGAGCAUCACCUGGGUCUCGGCCAAGCGGUGGGACGGGGCUGCGGUGUGCACGGCCCUGGAGAACGGCACGGGCAAGACCAUCAGCGUCACCAUCACUAAAGGACCCGGGGAGGAAGCAUGCCCUUCCUGGCCGCUGGCGCUGGGGCUGUCCUGCGUCUCCCUCCUUUUCCUGCUCCAGCUGACCACCCUGCUCUGCAGACGGCAUCUGGCCAGAGGUGACCGUCCCCCCCCCCCGCACCCCUCACAGCCCCUUCGCCACGGCUCUCUCCUCGCCUCCCCCAGCCACCCACACGUACACCCAGGAGAACCAUCCAGAAGGUAA